CGGCACCCGACGAGCGGGGCGACGGCUCGCGAGGCUCCGGGUCGGGGCGGCGGCGGCGGCGCCCGGGCUCCUGAGCCGCCUGCUGGCCGCGCCCAUCUCACCCCAUCCCCACGCGCGGGGCGCAGAUAUGCCCCCUCUUUUUUUCUCUUGUAUUUGCAGAAUCCCAGGGCCCAUUUCAUUCUUUUUCCACGUUGCUUGAUGGGAGGCAUCAUGGCCCCCAAAGACAUCAUGACAAAUACUCACGCGAAGUCCAUCCUCAACUCGAUGAACUCCCUCCGGAAGAGCAACACGCUGUGCGACGUGACCCUCAGAGUGGAGCAGAAGGACUUCCCUGCCCACCGCAUCGUGCUGGCUGCCUGUAGCGACUACUUCUGCGCCAUGUUCACGAGCGAGCUUUCAGAGAAGGGGAAGCCUUACGUCGACAUCCAAGGUCUGACCGCCUCUACCAUGGGAAUCCUGUUGGACUUCGUGUACACGGAGACGGUGCGUGUGACGGUGGAGAACGUGCAGGAGCUGCUGCCCGCAGCCUGUCUGCUUCAGCUAAAAGGUGUGAAGCAAGCCUGCUGCGAGUUCCUGGACAGUCAGCUGGACCCUUCCAACUGCCUGGGCAUCCGGGACUUCGCCGAGACGCACGGCUGCGCUGACCUGGUGAGGGCCGCCGAGGUCUUCAGCCAGAAGCACUUCCCGGAGGUCGUGCAGCAUGAGGAAUUCAUCCUCCUCGGCCAGGGGGAGGUGGAGAAGCUGAUCAAGUGCGACGAGAUCCAGGUCGACUCGGAAGAGCCUGUCUUCGAGGCCGUCGUCAGCUGGGUGAAGCACGCGAGGACGGAGCGGGAGGAGUCCCUGCCCGACCUGCUGCAGUACGUCCGCAUGCCUCUGCUGAGCCCCAGGUACAUCACAGACGUGAUAGACACCGAGCCUGUCAUCCGCUGCAGCCUGCAGUGCAGGGACCUCGUUGAUGAAGCAAAGAAAUUCCACCUCAGGCCCGAGCUGCGAAGUCAGAUGCAGGGACCCAGGACGAGGGCACGUCUGGGGGCCAACGAAGUGCUUCUGGUGGUUGGGGGCUUCGGCAGCCAGCAGUCUCCCAUCGACGUGGUGGAGAAAUACGACCCCAAGACUCAGGAGUGGAGCUUUCUGCCGAGCAUCACUCGGAAGAGGCGCUAUGUGGCCUCCGUGUCCUUACACGACCGCAUCUAUGUCAUCGGCGGCUACGACGGCCGCUCCCGCCUCAGCUCGGUGGAAUGUCUAGACUACACGGCAGACGAGGACGGGGUCUGGUACUCCGUAGCCCCGAUGAACGUCCGGCGGGGACUUGCUGGAGCCACCACGCUGGGAGACAUGAUCUACGUGUCUGGAGGCUUCGAUGGCAGUAGGCGUCAUACCAGCAUGGAGCGCUAUGACCCCAACAUCGACCAGUGGAGCAUGCUGGGAGACAUGCAGACCGCCCGGGAGGGCGCCGGGCUGGUGGUGGCCAGCGGCACGAUCUACUGCCUAGGAGGAUAUGAUGGGUUGAACAUCUUAAAUUCAGUUGAGAAAUAUGAUCCCCAUACAGGACACUGGACUAAUGUCACACCAAUGGCCACCAAACGCUCUGGUGCAGGAGUAGCCCUGCUGAAUGACCAUAUAUACGUGGUGGGGGGAUUUGAUGGUACCGCCCACCUCUCUUCCGUUGAAGCGUACAACAUCCGCACCGAUUCCUGGACAGCUGUCACCUGUAUGACCACCCCGCGGUGCUAUGUGGGGGCCACGGUGCUUCGGGGCAGACUGUAUGCGAUUGCUGGCUACGACGGGAACUGUCUGCUGAGCAGCAUCGAGUGCUAUGACCCCGUCAUCGACAGCUGGGAAGUGGUGACAUCCAUGGGGACCCAGCGCUGUGAUGCUGGCGUGUGUGUUCUCCGAGAGAAGUGACCCCUCUUGGCGCACCACCCAGAGCUAGUGACCAGUUCAAGGAGCAGUUUGCGGGAGAACCAAGUCUCCUUUCCAGAAUGUGUUUCUCCCUGUGCACAGCGUGAUGGGCAGCACCGUGCGUGGUGAUCGUACUUAUUUGACUCGCUCCCCUUGCGCUGGCGUCGUCCCCGAGGAGGGUGGAGACAGACACUCGAGGGAAGAGAGUACACACUGACUGGAUGUGAGAAGCCAGUCACCUCUCCUCCUAGUCUAGGAGCACCUUCUGCCAUGUCUGACUCCCCGUGUGCGUAGGAGGACGUCUGUCUGUAUGUGUGUAGUGCCCCGUGUGUUGCAGUUGCGGUGAGUAUGGCCAUCCGGGUGUGGGCAGUGCCCAGCCUGCAUCGGGAUUGGAAGGGCGCCAACAUAAGGAAGGUUGAUCAAGUCCAUGCCUUUGUUUUCCAGGAAUAAAUACCUGUCCUAGUCUACCGGUAGCUAGGGGCAGCAUGCUUCCCUUGUGGAGGAGAACAAAGGGAAGAGCCCUGUCAAAGCUCUGGGGCCCUGGGGGAGAUCUUGGUGACAUUCCCUCACGGGCACAGGUGGGUGUAUUAGCUGGGUUUAGAGCCACGUGCAGUAAACUGAAUGCCAGGGCACGUGACUGAACCUGUACCAGCCCUGAAGAGUGACCUGGAAGACCAAGGCAGCCGUGUUAUUUGAAGGAUCUUUUGAUUCCCCCGAGGUCUUUCUGAACGACAUGCUGCUUCUCUUGGCCCUGGAGACUGUCCGACAGCACAACAGAGUGGACAGAUGCUGGGAUGGGCGGAGAUGCAGUAAAGGUGGGAGUUCAGUGUGCCUGGGGACAGACUGAAGUCCCUGUGACUUGCUGAUCGUCUUACUUCCUGCCAGGGCUCAUCUGUGCAUGGCAAGUUUUGCCUUGAGUGGGUGACAGACUGUCUUCGUUGAACCACAUACUGCUAUGACAUUUCCAUGCUAUUUAUUUGGGGGUGGGACGGGUGGUAGCAGCCUGAAGUUCAGCUACUUGAGUGCCGCCCCAUCCUUUGAAGGGCACACUUCUGCUAAGGAGUGGUUUCUACUGCUGUGUUUGGUACAUUCAGUCCUUCUGUUAUAAGCUACCCUUACGUGUCCUUACAGUGCAUUAUAGUCAUCCUGGAACAGAAUAAUCAAGGACAACCAAAAUUCUUUCAUUAGUUCCAGUACCUGCUGUCGCCAUUUCUGAGCUCCCAGUCAAGGCUCCCGUGUUAUGGAGUGAAAUUCUUGCUUUGUGAGUAGUGGGAGUAUGGGAACGUAAUAACCGAAACAAUUACCCUUUACUCUGAAAUUCCAUGUUUUCCUCUUUCCCUGAGUUGAAUUGACCUGAAGAGUUCAUUUCCUUUGUAUUUUUUUAAGAAAAUAUUAAAAAUCAUCUAUGUCA